AUGGACAACAGCCACCGAAAAGUGCUGUUCUCGCGGUGGCUCCCGGAGGGCUUCAAGAGCCCCGAGCUGGAGCAGCUGUACCGGCGCUACGCCGUUAAGCUGCAGCAGGCCUCGACGUCGAGCGUCCUGGCGCUGGCCGGGGCGCUCGCCCUCUGUCUGGGGGGCGCACACGCCGCCGCCCGAGACGCCCUCUCCGCCGCCUACUACCUGACCUCGUCGGCCGCUUUCGGGGUCGCCCUCCUCUUGCUCGUGCUGGGCCGGAUCCGGGACGCCAGGCUGCCCCUGCUGCGCCACGCUGCCCUCGCCCUCUGCGCCGGGCUCUGCGCCGCGGCGCUGCCCUUCGGCGCCGGACGUCCGGCGGCGCACGGCGCCUGCCUGGUGCUCUUCGUCGUGUUCGUGGCCUACGGGCUCUUGCCGCUCCGGACCCGGAUUGCGGUCGCCGUCGGCCUAGCGCUGCCCCUCCUCCACACGGCCGCAGCCCUGGCCGCGCCGCAGCCCCCCUACGCCGCCCUGCUCUGGCACCAGGUCAUCCACCUUCUUUUCAUGGUCAAGCUGUACAGGGUGUUUGAGAAAGAAAUCCCCUACUAUGAAAUGACAUAA